UCAUUCUGCAACGAUAUUCAGUCGGUUUUUUGGUGUCGAUUUGGCUAGAACAGAUAUUGGUAUCAGAUUGUUGUUUGCACUUUAGUUAGAUUGGAUUUCAACUUUGUAUCUAUUCACUCGUAGUGGACACUUUGCGCAGUGCGAACCUCGCCCGUUUUUUUUGCAAGCCAAGCAGGUUUCGAUUAGGAUCGUUUUGCGUUGUCGCAACCGGAACUAAAGUUGAUUGUUCGGUGUUCACAACAUGUUUAAAAUAAUCGCAAUUGUUGCUGCUGUUUGUGUGCUGCUUGCCCCAAAUGGAGAAACCGCACCAACCGCUUUGCAGCUUCUUCCCGCUCGAGAAGGUUACAUUCCCGUCUAUAUUCGUACCGGCGACACCCCACUGAUUGAUAUCAACCCAGAACUAGCCGAAGCCUUCCGUGAAACGGAGAACAUUCAAACACGGGAAGCCAAAAUUGAAGAGGAUCAGCCAAGUCAACCAGCGUCUGAAGCGAAGUCCGACGAUAAGAAACCGGAAGAUCAGAAACCUGAACCAACUGCAGUUGCUAAAAGUAAACGUCAGGCCACUGAGGAUCAAGCGCAGGACCCCGCCAAAGCUGCAUCACACGAAGACAGCAAAGAAGACCAAAGUAAAUCGGAGGAAUCGAAAAAGCCAGAAGAGGCAGCCCCAGAGGCGCCGCGGGAAAAACGCGAGUGGGGCACGCAAGUCCCCGAUACGCCGACAAAAACAUUAGACAGCAAAGCCACUGAUGAAUCACAAUCCGGACAUGGUACCAACGAUGAUGCGAACAAGUCCUUAUAAGUUCUCUCUUAUCCAUUUAGAAUGUGUGAUUAUUUUAUUUAUGUAUAUUGAUAUUGAGCAAAUAUAAAAUGACCGGCAAAUAAGGCUGCCUGGAAAGUCUA